CAGAUUUCGAAAGGGAUCGCAAAGCUUGGAGAAAAAAAGAAGCAGCGGUUAUUUGGAAACAUCGAUGUCCCAAUCAAUUUUAACUUCCCUAAUAAAAGAGGAAUGCCUGGAUAUGAUCCGGAUAUCCCAGUUUCCGAAAUAUUGAAGGAUAUGCCGAAACUACUCAAAAAUCAGGCCAAGCUACUGAAAGAGGAGAUCUUGUCGACUUCUCUAACCGUUGAGAAAACAGAAUUGCAAGAAGACCUUGGUGCACUUCGGCACAAUGAAGCCCGGAUCGAGUGGAGGUUUGACACACCUGAGGCAAGUUAUUCGACCGUUCAAUUCUUGCCGACGGAUAACAAUACUGCCUUAUUCAAAGGUAGGAUUUCCACAGAGGUUAUAAAAGAUGGACGAUUGGAACGCGCUGGCUGGGCGACAAUAAAGCUGGAAGAUCGCAAAGCUCUAAAUAGGAAGAAGUUCCUUGCAAAAUGGAGGAACUUCAGUCAUCUUCUCAUUAAGUGCCGUGGUGAUGGUAGGAGCUAUAAAGUAAUGCUCCAUGCUCCUCUGUCGAUUGAUCUGACUUGGGGAGAUUCCUUCUCCUAUCCUCUCCACACACGAGGUGGUCCAUACUGGCAGUAUGAGAAGAUCCCCUUCUCCAAAUUCUUUCACACUGUAGCAGGACGUAUUCAGGACAAGCAGUUUGCGGUUAAUCUACAGGAAGUUAGCUCUCUUGGAAUUGUGCUAAUGGAUCGGAUAGAUGGCGAUUUUCAACUGGAAUUAGACUAUAUUGGUGUCUACAAUGAUCACACCCAUUUUGAGGAGUUUGCUUACGAGACCUAUACCUUACCACUAUUCAAUACACACGGGUUCUAG